AAAAAAGAAGAAGACAAAAACGGUCUUUUGGUGGUUGCUUAUGAACAGAUAGUCCCUUAAGUCAUGCUGGCUGCGUGUGUGUUUCCAUGGUGAUGUCUGGAGGGCAGACCAGCGGAGAGGCGUCUGGUGCCAGGCAGCGACGCAGGACCAGCCCGAGCCCGGAGAGAGAAGCCCUGGAGGGACUUUCCUCACCACCCACUGCCCACAAACUCUCACCUAUGUACCCUAAGGAGGAGCACAGCACGGGGGGGAUCAGUUCCUCUCUCAACUAUCUUGAUGGAGCCUAUGAUUUCUCAAACCUCUCAGAGACCUUCGGCACCUCGUCACCCACCGAGCCUGCCUCGUUCGGAUACUACCCAGCUCCCCCGGACCCCCACGCACCCCCUGCUGAAGAACAUCUGCAGAACUUAGGCACCGGACCCGGCAGCCCUCUCAUGUUUGCACCCUCCAGCCCUCAGUUGUCCCCGUACCUGAACCAUCAUGGGGGACACCACUCGACCCACCAGGUGUCCUAUUACCUGGACAGCCCUUCUAGCACCGUCUACAGGUCCAGUGUUGUGUGUUCUCAGCAGGCAGGUGUUGGUUUGUGUGAGGAGCUGUGCAGUGCCGCUGACAGACAGGAGCUGUUCUCCGGAUCAAGAGCUGCAGGAGGGUUUGAUUCUGAGAAGGAGACGCGCUUCUGUGCGGUGUGCAGUGACUAUGCGUCCGGCUAUCAUUAUGGAGUGUGGUCCUGUGAGGGAUGCAAAGCUUUCUUCAAGAGAAGCAUUCAAGGUCACAAUGACUAUGUUUGUCCAGCAACCAACCAGUGCACUAUUGACAGAAACCGCAGGAAGAGCUGCCAGGCAUGCAGACUACGCAAGUGUUAUGAAGUAGGCAUGAUGAAAGGAGGUAUUCGUAAGGAGCGCGGAGGCCGUGCCAUCAGGCGUGACAGGAGGAGGAGCGGUAAUGAAGAUCGUGUCAAGAGCUACAGUGAACAGUCAAACCGCACCGGUCUGAGAACAGCUCCUCCGCAGGACAGGAGGAAGAGUAGCAGCACUGGUGUGGUCAGCACUUUAUGCAUGCCUCCUGACCAGGUGCUGGUGUUGCUUCUGGGGGCAGAGCCGCCAGCUGUCUGCUCACGACAGAAACACAGCCGCCCAUACACCGAGAUCACCAUGAUGUCCCUGCUCACAAACAUGGCUGACAAGGAACUCGUCCACAUGAUUGCCUGGGCUAAGAAAGUACCAGGCUUCCAGGAUCUCUCUCUGCACGAUCAGGUUCAGUUGUUGGAGAGCACUUGGCUGGAGGUGUUGAUGAUCGGACUCAUAUGGAGGUCUAUUCAUUCACCUGGAAAACUCAUCUUUGCUCAGGAUCUCAUCCUUGAUAGGAAUGAAGGAGAAUGUGUCGAGGGGAUGGCUGAGAUUUUCGACAUGCUCUUGGCGACUGUGACUCGCUUCCGUAGUCUCAAACUCAAGCUGGAGGAAUUCGUAUGUCUCAAAGCUCUCAUACUUCUCAAUUCUGGUGCAUUUUCAUUCUGCUCCAGUCCGGUGGAGCCCUUGAUGGACAGCUUCAUGGUGCAGUGCAUGCUGGACAACAUCACUGACGCCUUCAUUUACGGCAUCAGUAAAUCGGGUGCCUCGCUGCAGCUACAGUCCCGCCGUCAGGCCCAGCUCCUGCUGCUGCUCUCACACAUCAGACACAUGAGCAACAAAGGAAUGGAGCACUUAUACCGAAUGAAAUGUAAGAACCGAGUCCCGCUCUAUGACCUUUUGUUGGAGAUGCUAGAUGCCCAGCGAUUCCAUUCUUCAGGAAAGGUGCAGCGACUGUGGGCACAGAGUGAGAAAGACCCCCCAUCUACACCCACAACCAGCAGCAGAGGUCCUGGAGCCAUGCUGCCCAACAUCGCCUGUCACGAGCAGAGUCCAGACCCCUGAGCUGUGUACGGUCCAACAACUGAAGAGUGUGGAGACUCAAGCAGUCAGUGCUGUCUCUCCUUGUGCCUUAUCAAAGUCCACUUUAGAUUCUGAAAGACCCAUGUAGAAAUAAACUCGUUAAAAAUGUAAAAUAAUAAUAAAUAAAACCCUUAAACUCUUCAAAUAAGAACAAGGCUCCCAAACACUAUACAUCUGUUGUCACUUGAUUCAUUAGUUUUGAAAGACAUUUUGAAAAAGUGUCAUACUUAAAAAAAUAAAUAAAAAAGAAUAAAGGGCUCUUGGGCCUGUGUGGGA